CAUUCUUUAAUAGUGCGCCAGCAGUCGUACAGAUCGGUACGUAGCUUUUUUGUAGUGUCUGUCGGUGGAUUCCGCGGGGAAGUUAUUCCGUAGAGUUCGGGUAAAGGUGGAGUCUUACAUUAGCGUUUGGAUAACAUUCAGAAGUGUUAAAUUGAGUGCACAAUUCACCGCUAACAAUAGCCUUUAACGCUUAUGCAAAAAAUGCAGUCUAGUGUUCAAUAGUGAUUUUUUUCAGAAGAGCUUCGAGCAAGGUGGUAGUGGUUCUACACCAAACGAAUUAAAGGUGUUCGUGAGAAAAAAAAAACAAACGAAGAAAAGAAACAAGAUACAAGAAUCAGUGAGAAACGGAAAGGCAACAGUCACGCAUACCUAUAGUUAGUUUCAGUUUAAAGCAAACGACUCAACCAUCAGUGCCCGGCAAUGGCGAGCGGGGUCAAACUGAAUUCCGUAUCAACAACAAUAUUUUGUUGGAUAACGAUACUAGGAUUUGCACAAUGCCAAAAGAUUCCGAGCCUGCAAAUUCUGCCUGCAGCAUCUGUCCAGCGAAAACCGGUGGGAGCGUCACUGCUAUUGACCUGCCGACCCGAUGUCCCAGAUAGCACAUUGAUAUCUGAUCUGCGGUGGAGCGACAAUCGCAACAUGACAAUUCCGCCGAAAGCGAUAAAACAUUACUACCCACAGUAUGAUUCUAAGGGUCGAAAACUACCGGCGAAAGCGGGCCAGUCAUCUCCACCGAUUUACACGGAGUCGAUCGCAAGCGGGCAAGCGCUGGCGCUGAUAUUCAACUCACUGCAGGAGUCAAUGGCCGGCAUCUAUUACUGUGCGGCAUCCUAUUCCGUAACCGAGCAACUUGGUGCGUCCGUUUCGGUGGAAACUUACGUCGCUAUCACAUGGAAAAAUGCACCAGAGGACCAGCGGCCGAUCCUGGGCGAGGAUUAUAUUGUUCGCUGUGAGGUGACAGCCAAUCCGCCAGCUACAGUAGAUUGGCUUCGAAACGGAGAUCCGAUCCGAUCUGUCGGUCGAUACGUAAUCGAAAAUCGAGGUCUUCUUAUUAAGAACGUAUCGGAGAGUGACGAUGGACUGUACACGUGUCGUGCUGCGGUAAUUUCGACAGGAGAGCUGGCAAAACGAGUCAUUCGAGUGGAAGUACAAAUUAAACCAGAAGUGCAAAAACUGCCCCCUAUCCUAGAUGCCGUCGAAGAUCAAUCAUUCUCAUUUUUGUGUAAUGCCACUGGCAAACCUGUACCUGAAUUCCAGUGGAUCAAAAAGAGCACACAACAGAAUGUUGCCGAUAUUGAUAGGUUUUCAGUAAAUCCAAUAACCGGUCAACUGGAUAUAAGUCGAGUGAAUAAAGAUGAUCACGAUACGUAUUCAUGUGUUGCUAAGAAUGCCGCGGGAAUUUCUGAAUCAACCACCCGGCUUAAUGUGCUUAUUCGUCCAAAAAUCAUAGAGUUUAUGAACAUUACCGUACCUGAGAAUGAUGAAGCUGUCUUUGCAUGCAGAGCUUUCGGUAGACCACCACCAGAAAUUACAUUCCGACGAUUUGGAACGACUGAGGAAUACUCAGUUGGUUUGCAAGUCAGUGAUGAUCGUAUUGUGCUGGAUAUGGACACUAACACAGAGACUAGUGAAACCAUUGGUAGCUUAAGAAUUUCCAAACUAACCCGGACGGAUGAUGGUUUAUAUGAUUGUAUAGCCAGAAAUCCAGGGGAUGUAGCGUACAAAGUAGGUCAUAUUACAGUUGAGUACAAACCUAAUUUCGACCAUAUGAAACUGUUACCACCGGUUUUCACGUGGGAACAACGUCCUGCCAAUCUGAGUUGUUUUGCUCAGGCAAUUCCCAAUGCCACUAUUGAAUGGCGCUGGAACGAUCGUCGUAUUUCUGACUUAUACGAUCAGAAUAUGCGAAUUAUGGACCAUGGCGUACGAAGUGAUUUAAUCAUUUCACCUCUGGAUUCGCGAUACUAUUCUAGCUAUAAAUGCGUGGCAACAAACCGUCUGGGUCGCAGUGAGCACAUCAUGGAACUUCGUGAAGCACGCAUUCCAGAUGCAAUUGCACAAGCUAAACCACGUUCAGUAAGCGCAACCUCGAUGACGUUCGAUAUUAUACCACCAGCGGUAGAGAAAGGUUUACCAAUCACUGCUCUUUCUGUGCAGUACAAAGAAGAAUUUAACCCCGACUGGAAUAACGCUAUCAAUCGAACUUGGUCACCGGACAGUCCUUAUAUCGUGGAAGGACUUAGGCCACAGACGUCUUACAGUUUCCGCUUUGCGGCAAGAAAUGUUGUCGGGCUCGGACAGUGGUCGGCAUACGUUACACAUUCGACACCUAAACGAUCCGAGCCGGAAACCCCGAAAACACUGCACACCCCAAUUCAGGAAGAGGACGAGGAAGAAGAUGCCAUCGUGGCUUCCCCGUACGCCGAUCAUUUCGAGCUACGGUGGAAUGUACCCGUAGACAACGGAGAACCCAUUUCGUUCUAUCGGGUAAAGUACUGUCCGGGUUCGAAAAUAAACGGUGUUUGGACGGAACUGGAAGGUGCCUGCAUCGAGGAGGACAUACCGACGGCGACGCACUACGAGUUGCGUGAUUUGCAGGCCGAUACCUACUACCGGAUAGAGCUGAUGGCACACAAUGCCAUAGGAUUCUCGAAACCAGCUCACCUGCUGCUGAAGACUGCCCGAGGAAAUUAUUACUACGCCAGUGGCAAUUCGCGCUCCGUACAUUGGUCAUCAAUCAUAACGGGAUUGAUGUUGACAGCCACGUUUAAUUCAAUCCAUCAACGACGAUCGUAAGAGUCAAUGUGAGCGCGCGAGUUUGUAUUGUAUGUAUGUGUGUGUGUGAGAGAGAGACAAAACAGAGUGACGGAGAAACAGAAAAAAAAAUUCUUCGCUAUGCCAUUGUUUUGUAUCCAGAACCGGCGUCAGCAGUACCUAGCAGUAACAGCAAACAAGAGACCGACAGGCAAGAAAUCGUGGAGAAAAUGUGUUUUCGAGUUUUCUCGUCCUUACAUCGUCAACCAUCGAACUUUUCACAGUAGGUACAGGGCAGAGACAGCCUCCGACCAUAGCAGAGCAAAAAGUAAAUGACCAAACCGAACAGUUUUUAUCUUAGUUAAGUGCUGCAACAAGGCAUCCACCGUAAAAUAUCAAUUAGAAACGAAAUCAAUAACCGUUUUAAUGCCAAACGAUGUGUUCAGACUGUAAAAAGGCAACGGAACAAUAAUGCAAUCGAAUGUAAGUAACAGCGCACUGGAAUGCAAUUCUACUUACCAAUUUCUGGAGUUGGGCUGCUAUAAGGGACAUUAAAACUGAACGAGUAUACUAAAUAUCACCACCGCAGGAAGUAGAGAAAAAAAAAACUAGCUCGAAAGUCUACAGGAAAUCAGCGGCGAAAAGUUGUGCUUGGUAAAGCAGCAACCGUGAAUGUAAAUGAGUAGGACAUGAAUCAACGGAAUAGUGGAAUGCAAAUAACAGGGAAAAUUAAUUUUUACUUCUCCUUUAUCGCAGACCGCAUUGCAUUAAUUUUUGAAAGUACAUUGCAGGCUUUCACGCAACCCACGAAAGGAUUGCUUGGAAUGCUUGUGGCUAGACAUCUAAUGGUAUUGUGAAAUCAACGCGUCAUUUAUGCGUUUGAAACUCGCAUGAAACGUGAAAAUCUAGCCGAUUUAUAAUGCGAUAUUUGUUGUUUCGUGUAGGAAUGCAGAACAAAAACCAAAAAGAAGUGUAAUCUUUUACACUUAACAAUCAAUAGUUACUUUAUAAAUUGCAUAACUGCAAAAAAACUGGUAACAAGAAAUGUGUGGUGACAACAUACAAUCAGAUAAAAUCAACUGAACUAGACGAGGCAAAUUAGCUUAAUUGGAGAAAGCAGAACAUUGAAUGAAAACUCAUGUAUUUAUGAUUUUUAAAACCAUACAUUUCUAGGACAAGCAAUAAAUUUUCCACCCUAAAAAUACAUAUUGUUUCUAAAAAGUUGAAAGCAAUGUGUAUCGUCUGAGUCGCGUGUCAUUAUAAGUAAGACUGCUGAUAACAGUAGACCAAUCUGACAUUUUCAAAAUGUAGAACGGUUCCGCCAAAUGCACUAUUACACUGACGAUUUAAUAAACUGUUGAAGUUGAAAAUUUUCUCACUUCAAAAGUUUCCGAAAGCUGCACUAGUUUUCUGUAGUUGGAAAAGUUAGCAGCAUACAAUACCAAGGAUAUUUUUUUAUCCCAAUAUCAUAUUCUACACAAUCAACCGUUUUGCCCCGGAAAAUGUUUUUGGUUUGUUAGGAAACAUAUAGUAAAACUGAAACUGAAAAUGUCGAAAAUCAUCGCUCCCUUUUGUUAGACACGAAAAUCAAUUCUCGCAUCGGAGUAUAAGUUAAUUAGAGUUAGCUAGUGUAUUUAAUUAUUGUGAGCUUCAUUAGAUCGUGGUACCAGAUUGUAUCUUAAUUAUUUAUAUUAGACGUUAGCAACUCGUUGCACAUGAAUAGGUAGGUUAGUAAGUCAGAUUAAGUUGAGCGAAGCGUUCUCAUUGAAAUACCGUAGAUAAUAUAGUUUUGGAACUUUAUUAAAAGUUGGGAAUGAUAAUAAUGCAUGUGAAAACGUCUGUGAAAGAUAUACUGCGGAGCUCAUCAAGACUGCAAUAAUAUGAAUUAUUUUAGUUUUGUACAAAAAUAAUUUACUUUGUUCUAGUGUAAGGAUAGAUAUCGAUUUACGAACAAUACUUUCAGUGUUGAUGUUAAAACCGAAUUUAGAUAAUGAAAAUCGUACCGAAAUCAAUAAAACAGUUUUCAUCGAUUAUAGUAAAUUGUUAUAAAACGUUGCAUCAAUCUCCUAAACAGAAGUAUCUUUCACAUUUGUAUAUAUCGGUAGAUUGCCAUAAUUGAUGUAAAUAUCACAAUUAUAGAAACAGUCACGUAUACAACCACAUUUACCCUUGUUUUAAAUACGUCUCAGUUCAUCUUUAUAGUCCUCUCGGCAUUGAAAUUAAAUAAUAAUUUUAAUUUAUGUAUUUUAUCUGUUAUUCACGUGACAAAACAUACUUAGUGGUAUUGCAUUGCGCCCGGUGCACAACCGAUGCAUUAAGAUGUAUGAACUUUGUGUUGUCGAAAAAAAAAUUCAACAUUCAAUCAGCAGUUCGAUUUUCAAUUUUCAAAUAGUAAAAUGCAUGUGUUGCUAAUGUUUUUUACUAAUGAUGUCGGGAAAAUGUGAGUUUUCUUUGAAGUAAUGAAUAUGGUUAUAGAAAUUCAACAGUGAAUAAAAUGAAUGUAUGGCGGUAUAAAUUUUGAAAAUUCUUUUCCCUGCGAAUAUAAGUUAUUAUUCUUGCUUUGUUUAGUUAUAAAGCAUGUUUUUUGAACUUUGGUAGCUUUGGUAUUUUAGAGAAACUGAAACAGUACAAUAGUCGUUUACCGGAAACCAGCUUCGUAAUUAGCUGUCCAAAUAAUGCACUGCUUGAGACCUUGAGAUAUUUUUCUCUACAUUGCUCGCUAGAGUCCUGGGACUUUUAUGAUGUUUUUUUUUAAUGGUUUAUGACAGCUCACUUUCUUAUCACGUUGAAUUGAUUACCAACACAAAUAUUCUCUGAUUGAUAAAUUUGUCCGAGCUCAGGCUUCAUGUAUUGCUUUCUCAUCAGUGCUGUUUGUUGCCACUCAAUCAUACAGGGUGACAAAAAAGUCCGAUCACACAGGAAAAUCUCAAUAUUUCAAAGAAUAAGAAGAAAAUCAGAAUCUGGCUUUCAUAGCUUUAUUCAGUAAUUCAUAAAGAUACUUCACAGACGAUAUCUCGGAAUUACACUACCUUUCUCUGAUCGAACCAGCUUCAGACGUCUCGGAAAGUCGUCGCAAGCGGCGCGCACGUGCUCCAACGGCAUAUCGUCCCAGAUUUUCCUGAUAACUCGCUUGAAUUGAUUCAAAUUCGUUAUUUUAUAGUCGUUCAACUUCGACAUCAUGUAUCCCCACACGAAAUAAUCCAGUGGAUUCAGAUCCGGAGACGACGGAGGCCAUUCAUUCUUCGAAAUGAAAUCGGUCAAGUUUUCCUCACACCACGCCUGAACAACCUUUGCGGUGUGGGAUAAGGCGCCAUCUUGCUGGAAGCAGUAGUAAUCGUCUUCAAACAAUAGUUCAGCUCGAGGCAGAACAUUUUUAUUCAAAACCGUGUUCAGGUAGUACGCUGCGUUGGUUUUGACCCCUUUAUCGAUAAAAAUAAGAGGCAGUUUACUUCUCUUGCAAAUAGCUCCCCAAACCAUCACUGACGUCUUAUUUUGGAACCGGGAAACGUUCAGCUUGUCCGCAGGAGCUCGCUGGAGGCUCACACUCCAAACUCGAUCAUUUUGGCGAUUGACUGUUUGCUCCAAAACGAACAGCUUCUCGUCCGAAAAAAUAAUCUCGUCAUCUGUGCGCCAACCGAGCAACUCCCGCGACCGUUGGUACCUCUUGUCCUUUGUAGCUUUGGUUUUAAAUCCUUGCGCAGAAGCAGGCGGAUUGAUUCUCGGUUCAUUUCAAGGUUCCUGGCCAGCUUCCGUGCAGAUUGGGCGGGAUUCCGGCGAAUUCGGUCUCGUAUAAUCUUUUUCAGCCUUGGAGUUCUCACAGACCUUGGUCGUCCAGAUCGUGCCUUGUCCUCGUUGCCUCCGGUCUCUAGGUACCGAUUUAUGGUCCGGUACACGAAUUUCCGGUUAAUUCCGAGCGGUUUUAGGUGUUUGAAUAUGUGUCCCGGUUUGUACCCUUUCACAUAUUCAGCGAUAACAGCUGCUCUUAACUCUGCCAUGGCUCACAACUCAAUGUAAACAAACUGCACAGAAACGAAACUCUGCCACUUUGGGCAGCAAAGUUAACCCUUUCAUAUGACACAUAGAUGGCACCAGAGAGAUGCAACGUGUAGGCUUCAGGCGACCCCAAAAAAGUGUGACCGGACUUUUUUGUCACCGUGUAGUUAAUUUUUUCGAAGCAAACACUCCGUUUCGUUCAUCAAAUGUGUAGUAUACAAUUUGCAAAUAUUGUUAUACUUUUCGUUCUACGUUCAGAGUACCGGAACAACUUGAGUACGGUUACACAAUUUGGACCCAACACAUCCAAUCGGAUAGUCAAUAUAGUUAUCAUCUUAAAAAUUUUCUGGAGCUUGCCGCUAUUGUGAGCGUAAUGUUAUUUUCGUAACAUUUUGCAGCAGCAACAGUAUUCCAAACCAUUUACUUUAAGUGCAGUUCAUUUUUUUUUUGCUGCUUCACUUAUGGGUACAGCAGUUUUCAAGAGUAAUUAAACGGCAGGAAUUGAAACCUGCCGGAGUGGAAACACUUGCAUCGCUGGCAAACGGGACAGACAGCGAUUAUGCUUUCGAUCGAGAUUUUUUUAGGAAUCAACACUUUAGGGAAGGGAUUUUGUUUAAAUGAACUUUUUUUUCGAAUUCAAGUACGUUGGAAGAUCCGCUCUAAAGGCGAAUUAAAAUAAUGUUUUAAUUCUGAACGCAUUUGGAAAGGCAGAACGAUGCUUUGGAAUAGCAAAAGGCUCUUUAGAAGCGCGCCGAUCAACGUCCAGAUAAUGAUUUUAAAAAAAAUACUAGUACAUAUAUGUCAAAAUGUACAACUAUUACUUGUAAAAUAUUUUUUAAUAUGAAAAAAAAAACACCACAAAUUGGUACAUAAAGAAAUUUAAACUACUUCUAGUUUCUAAUUCUAACUAGUUAUAUUUGCUUUAAGUGUUUUUCAAACAUUCAAUUACCGUAAGCCGGUGUGAGAUUGUGCCAUUCAAACCAAUUGUUUGUCAGCCAUCUCAUGGCGAUCACAAGAUCAAACUUGUUUCAUUAAGUUUCCUUGUAUACUGCACGAAAAAAGACUAGCCUUCUGGCCCGAAAAAAAUGGCUGAGAAGUCAAGGGUUGGGUGGCACAACCUCACCUACAUUGGCACAAUCUCACCCCGACUGACGGUAUACAUGUUAUGUCAUUUUCAGAUUUGUUUAUCGAAAAAAUCUCGCGUAACUUUUUAAAAAAGAUCUAAAUAACUAUGAGCGAUUCCCUUCUCUUUCACUCUGUUUCGUUAAUUACAGCGUCAAUAUAAAACUUCUCAACUACGGACGGUGUUAUAAAAAAAUACGCAAAGGGUGAGGUCAAAAACUCCAAGUGAACCGUCAAAUCGAGACCAAGUUUGCAAAGUAAACAAACUCAUGCGUGUUACUUUUCGUACAGAAUGUGUGUUGCGAUCAGUGCUGAUAAAAGUCAUUAUCCCCAGCAAAAUUCUUCGAAAAUUACAGCCAAUCAUUUUCAAUUUUCACUUUCAAUUAUCGCAGCACUCUUUCAGAUACACUAGAUUUUCGUCCUAGUAACGUGCUGUUAUACUCAGAUGAAAUAGAUCGCGCGCAUCGUUCACGGUUACGGAAUAAAAUUUGACGACAAAUCCAACCAAAUGAUCUUCACUUCAAAGAGAAAAAUAAAAACAAACAGUCCACUCAACCAAAAUAAACCUCACCGAAACACUUUUUCACUGACACUGACCGAUACCUUGACAAUCUUCGUUAACUGAUAAACUGAUUUUGUUGUCUUGCUUCCAUCGCAUGAAAUAUAAUGAGGUGUUUUGACCAGAGUAAGCAGUGUGACUUUGUACUCGUAUCCAAGUGAGUUUUAAAACUUGCUUGCACAUUUAUUUUCGGUUUGCACGUAAACCCUACUUACAGUGCAUUACACUUGAGUUAGAUUUGAGUUUGAAUCCUGCAUUACAACAAUUGCAUAAAAAUCGAAUUGCGAUGAAAUUCGAACCGCGUUUGCUGCAACAGUUUGUUGCAUUGUGCUUUGAAAGCAAUAAUUUGAUCUAAAAACAAAACUCAUCGCGUCACAUCAUCGCCUGCAUCGUUGGAUACAUCGUGCACUACAUGCAUUGCACGCAUUUAAACUCAAUCGAUCAGAGUGUGCGGUGCAAAAAAACUCAAACUAUCGAGAGAAAGCAGAUUCAAGUUGGAUUCAAAUUUGGAAAAGUGUUACUCAGUUCAACUUUGCACGAGUUCAUGCCAUCACUGGUUUUGACAGUUCACUUCCAUGCAAAGAGCGGGAAGGGAGAACUCUGAAAGGAUUGUAAAAAAUAACGUUUAUGGAUGCUUUUUUUUCACUUUCACUCAAGAGUGUCAACGAUAUUUUGAUAUUAACCCUGGCUGCGAUCAGUAUAAAUUUUGUGCGAUUAUGCAAUUAUGGUUUAAACGAAAAAUGUGUUCGUUAUGCUCGUAUUAGGUAUGAGUGAUACAUUGAAAAUUGAAAAAAUGUAUGUAUGUGAUGGAACAAGCAUUGAAACUCAGUAAUAUAUCCUUAUGAAGAUUCGAAAUUUCAUUACACUUUCUAGUGGGUAUGAAAAAUCAUGUGAAAUUAAAUGCUGUUGCCAGAAUUGUUUUAAAUACAAUAUUAGCAAAGUUUUUUUUUCCUGUAUGCCUGAAGGGCACUGGGUUCUGAAAUGCUACUGCGACAUUCAUGCUGAUUGUCUUUUGUGGCGGGCCUCGAUAGAAAAGGGUUGCAUUAUUUACUGCUUUUCUCUUUGCGUAUCUCUUUAACUAUAACACAGUCUCUAUUUUCAACGAUUACUUGCCACAAAUCGCAAGAUUAUAGCAUUACCUAGCUUACUAUGCAAAAAGUGAAAAAUGUGAAUAUCUUAGUUAGUCUUAUUCGUAUUUGCGGCGUAGCUUCCAGACUAAACUUAGACUAGAGCUUAGAAAAAACUCAUUCAGUGUAGUUGCAUUGGUAUGCGUAAUAAUAGGGAUAUCUGUCAAUUUGUUUUGUUUUGGUCAUUAUCGCCAUCGUCUUUUUCUCUCGUUUCCAUUUCAUAUUUCCAUCUCGCAAAUGUGCUGAAAAAAAUACCUGACAUUUUUUCACGUGGAACGAGAACCAAAACAAACCAGUUUUCACACAUACGUGUGAAUGUGUUGGGGACACUGGCCAACAGUGUUUCAAGCAGAGAUUUUUGCAAUCCUUGAAUGUGCGAAUGUGUGUCUGACUAGAAAAUACAAACAUUCAUACAUUUGUAUUUUCUCUGAUAGCCAAGCAGCGCUGAAAGCACUUGAUGCUUCAUCCAAGAUUGUCUGGGAAUGUAUUUUCACAUUGCAACAGCUGUGUCAAACAAACUCAGUAAAUUUGUAUUGGGUUCCAGGACAUUGUGGCAUUGGUGGGAAUGAAAGGGCAGUCGAACUUGCAAAACAGGGAUCUAACUCACAGUUUAUCGGCCCAGAACCUUUCUGCGGUAUAUCAAACUGUGUAGUGAAAAUGGAGCUUGAACGCUGGGAGGAACAAAAGGUUAUAACCAAUUGGUUGGAUGUCAAAAAGUGUGCCCAAUCUUAAUGAUUUAUAACACCAAACGAGAAUCAUUCAAAAAAGCUCCUAGAGAUCAACGAAAGAGCUCUUUGUACAUACGUUGGCCUAGUAACGGGGCACUGUUCGAGUAGAUGUCAUUUAAAGAACAUUGGCCGGGUUCAGGAUGAUAUCUGUCGCUUUUGUAAUUAGGAAAGCGAGGGAUCGGAACAUCUGCUGUGCAGUUGUGAUGCAUUAUUUAAACGCAGAUCAAGGUUUCUUGGCAGUGGCUGUGAAUCCUAGGAAGGUGAUUGGCUUCAUAAACCAUACUUUACCUGACUGGGAGCGGUUCUGUGCAGGUACCUGAUAACUCAACGAUAGUGGUCAUUGUUUUUUACAAGGGAACACGUAUAGCAAUUGAAUGGGAUAUAAAAGUUCACAUCAAUGGACAACGUACCGGAUUCUAAUUCCCUAACAAAAAAAUGUGUUGGUAACUUACGAAACUACACUCUGCUUCUUUCGGGUGUAGUCGGUGUCAGAAGUGUAAUCAGAGACAGAAAAAGUGUAGUCUGGAAAAUGAAAAAAAAAACAGUUACAGUGUAAAAAGUGUAGUCCGAGUGUUGCUACACCGCGGAAACGAAUUCGACAUGAGUGUAAGCGACUUGCUUUUUAUUUAUUCCGCUUUUUGUGUAUGCUUUCACUGUUCUACUAUAGCAAUCUCGUUCCUCGUACCGUCAAUUAGCACUAGAGCUAAUGAUGGUGAUCGGCGAUAAAAUCGGCGAUAAACAUUCGAUCUUUUUCAGCGUGUGAGUCAACUUUGUCUCUAAGUCGAUUGUAACAAUUAUCGUACGAUAUGCUAGUCCCAGUGAACCAAUUCGGAGAUUCGCUGAGAUAAUUCAUUCCCCCCUCUCCGCAAAAAGGAGAGGAUCAUUUGAAGCCAAAUUGUUAUUUUAUCUUCGAGUUUCGCUUACACUCUUGAUAUUACAUUAAACAGAUGUCAAAUAAGUUAAUUUAACGUGGAGAUAAACCUAUUUUUGUAUUGUAGGGGAAUUGGGGCAAAAUCGACGUUUUGCUGACAUUUCACGUAGAUCAGACACCUACCAUUCGAUUUCUGAAUUUUGUUUACUCAAUAUAAGACAUAACUUGACAACGACUUUUAGAUAUUGACGCAUUACCAUUGAUGCUCUACGUACUCGAUAUUAUUUUGCUUUGUGAAAUAUACCAACACCAUGCCAAAACCGGUUUCGUAGAAUCACCGUUUUGAGCUCAGUUUUUGUCCGAUUUAAGAUCUGUUUUUUUUAAAGACGAGUAAGAAGAUGCUGAUAUGUGGACAAACUCUUAGAAUUUUGAUAUUUGGUCCUGAAACAAAAUGGCGUCGAAAAAACAUCAAAAAUUUUCGAUUUCUCAAAAAUUAAAAAAGGCGCCAUAGUUGCCCCUUAAGUUGAAACAUGUUCAAACUAGGGGAAAUUUAUUUUCGCAUUGAACUUCAUUGAAAAAUCAUGCAUAGAAGCCAAGGCAAAGAAUUGUUGCACUGUUUAAUAAAUGACGGUGAAAAUUUGGAAAUAGAGCGUUUCAUAUUAAUUAUACUAGAGCCUGGCCAACGACAACGUAACGAUAUUGUUGUGGAAGGCGAAGUCUAAAACACAUUUAAUCUUAUUAAAUUGUAAAGACCUGAAUCAUCUUUGUAUCAAUCAAACGCAAAUUGUAGACUGGCUGUUGACCUGGAUUGUGGUCAAAACACUGAAGAGGAUAAUCCCUGCGGAGAAAGUUUAGCUCUUGGUUUUGGGAUAUAUUUCCAACUAUACCAAUUAGCAACAUGUUACUGUCUUUUUAUCUUAGAAUUUUAGCAGAUUAUACUUCCUGCCAAAUGGAACAGCAAUAGGAAAGUUAUACCUAACAGAUGGUCCAGAGUGUGAUAAAAGUUUGCCUGCGUCCGGAGCAAACUUUUAUCUGUCUCUUCACCACAUACAGUGUUAGAGCAAAUAAACAAGUAAUCAAAAACCACAACAGCAUUUCUGACCACUUGGUUCUCAAGAUAUACUAAUAGAAAUGAAACAGUUGGGUUCGGGACGAAAAAGACGCCAUCCAACACCAGCAGAGGAUGAACAAAGUAGUGAGAGUUCAAAGUGUGACGAAUUUAUAGAGCGCAACAUCUGCUGCAGGAUUUUUUUCCUGCACUUUGUAUGUGCGAAUUCCGUAACAUUGUUAGGAAACAAGUUUGCCAGUCGAAAUAGUUUCCUGGGACGAAUUGCCAUUUGUUUGGAGACAAUUGGCAGCGAAGUUUUAAAUUGAUGGUAUCCCAAGGACGGCGCAAUGUUAUCAAGUACGCAAAUGGAUGUGCAUUGUCGCCGUCUCCGGCAUAACAUGUUGCUGUCUGAAGUGGCAGUUUUACUCAUUGCGAGUUUUGAUUCAACUUGCCUGAUUUAAAUGGCAGCCUUGGUUACUUUUUUGUGCUAAGUUAAACAAAAUAAUGUUCGUCCUAAUAUAAUGUUGCUCAAUUCUCCUGAAGUUUUAUGGCAGACCUAAAAAAUUCUUGUAACGUGGAAAAAGCUCUAAAACACUGAAUAUUGGUCCUUAUUUUUGUUUUCGUACGAAUGUGAUUAGGAUUCCUAUGGGGCCAUCCACAUACCACGUGGACAGCUGGG